AUGACAAACCUUACCGUUGUUCCCAGGACGGCUCCUAUCGCCAUUGCUCCCAAACCCGCACACCACCUAUUCUCUAGCCGUCAGCAUAGCAACGACGUAUCUUUAAUGAAUAGCAUGACCAGUAAUGAUUCGACAGACUCGGAUUCUGCCGUAAGUGGGAACGGAACAUCUUGUGAGUCCUGUCUAAGGAGACGGCUCAAGUGUGUUAUGGGGGAAGACGACGAGAGCUGCAUAUCUUGUCACAUCCACGGAAUCUUGUGCUCCCUCGGCCAGAGCCCCCAGCCUCGUAAAAGGAAGCUAGCGCGUGACUUGACCGAGACGAGCAACGUGAAGAGAGGCUCGCCUGGCAGGUCUGAUAACAGAAGGCGGCAGCGUCAGGCCAGCUUCUCCAGUACAACCGCUAGCACUUCUUUAAUCGAGGAGAUGGCUAAUUUUGGUGGCUCAACUCUGCUCCAGCGCACUCUUGGCCUCCAGACUGAUCGGUACAGCCAAUAUAUCGGGCUUACCACCGACUUUGAACCGUCUCUGAUCAACCUGUCCCCGUUCGACCCUCAGGAUGAGAGUCUGCUCGCUCGAGGUGCUCUUCGAAAGGUUAAUCACGCCACGCCCGGUCACGAACACCAAAUCGACGAUGUCGAAGAGAUCCAACGGCUGGUCGCGCCCCACGGCCGCAAGCUGAUCGACCUCUACUUCGAGGUCGUACAUCCCGCCUUCCCCGUACUUCAGAAGAACGUCUUCUACGAGAAGUACGAGAGAGACUAUCGAGAGUUCUCGCCACCGCUCCUCGCCGCCGUCUACCUCCUCGCCAUCAACUGGUGGGACUACUCGGAGGAACUAUCCACCUUUCAACGGCCGAACGUGCGGGAGCUGGAGAGGCUGAUACGGUCCUCUCUGGCCGAUGCCAUGUGGCGUCCGAAGCUCUCUACCGUGCAGGCCGGCCUUCUACUCUCGCAGCGGCCCGACGGCGACCAGUGGGCGCCGACCGCUCAGCUGGUAGCGGUCGCCCAAGAGCUCGGCCUCCACCUUGAUUGCACACAUUGGAAGAUACCACCGUGGGAGAAGGGGCUUAGAAAAAGGCUCGCGUGGGCAUUGUACAUGCAAGAUAAAUGGGGGGCCCUCGUACACGGACGGCCGUCGCACAUCUUCGGGUCCAACUGGAUUGUACAACCUCUAGCGGCUAACGAUUUCCCCGAUGCGGAGCUGGACGAACAGGCCCGGGAGGAGAAGACGGACAUCGAAAGGGGCAGGACGCUCUUCGCUCAGAUGAUCUACCUUACGCAGGUGCUGGCCGAGAUUCUCGAGACGUUCUACACCCUCCAGGCCAUGCAGAAUAUAAGCGACGCGGGCCCGCAAGGCACGCAUCUCGUGUUGGCUAUGGCAAAACCCAUCCAGCUUAAGCUCAAAGAUUGGUAUGCCGGGCUUCCCGGCGCCAUUCGCAUGGACUCCUCGUUCCAGUCCGGCAGCGUUGCGCCAACGCGCUUGUCGAGCAUCGGAUACCUGCACCUGGCCUACUUUGCGGCAGAGAUCACUCUCCACCGCCGGAUCAUCCGGUCUCUCGAGGCGGAUUCGCAGGCCGUCGACCCUUACGUCCAACAUAUUUGCCGUAGUGCCGCGAAAGCCCGUCUGAUAUCCGCGAUGGACUUUGUCAACCGCCUGACGCCCCAACACCUCCGAGCCUUCUGGUUCUUUGCGUCGAAGACCAAUUUCGCUUUAAUUGGCACAUUCGGGUCGCUAUUGUGGGCAACCUCCCCGGGCCGCGAAGAAGCCGACUGGUACCGCCGUCGGCUCGGAGAAUACCGGUGGACGCUGAGCGUCAGCAGCAAGGCCGGGGAAUCCAAGGGUCUGACCGAAUUUGCGAUGGGCAUGCUUGACAUAUCGACCGGGCUGCUGAAGAAGCUCCCGGAGAAGCCGGAGCUGAGCCGCAGCGGGAGCGCCAUCGAGUUCGAUACCGGCAGACGCCAGAGUCUCCUCUCCAUGGGUAUAAGCAGCACUGGAGGCGAGCCACACAGCGGUAUGGCCAGCGCCGACAUCAGUAGCGUCCAAAGUCCGGAGAGCCCAAUCGACAGUAGCGACGAAGACUACGACACAUUUGCUCCCAUGGCCGGGAUGGCCUCCAUGGGUGACUGA